GCGCAUGAUCGUUGUUUUUUACAGCUGUGUGUGCCGACGAUUUAGGGUAAUCCGAACAGAUAGACUUGAGUUUAGUGGAUAUUCUGGACUCCCGUUUCUCUCUACGACCAGUGGAUUUUCUACAGUAUCGAUCUGUAGCGGUGGGGGAUCGCGUCAUGUCUGAGCCAGACACCCAGAUGUGUUGUUGGGAGUCAGUGAGCUGUGAGGAGUUCUCGGAGUGGUUUGACUGUGACGGGAGGCUGGUGAAAGACGUGACCAUGAGACAGAGAGUUUUUGAAGCUGUAGUAGACCCCUCCUGUCGCAGGAGGCUCUGGAAGUUUCUAUUGAGAUCUUCCCCGCAACACUCACCUUCGGAGCAGAAAAAUUUUGACCUUGAGAACAGGUCUCAGUACCAGGCCCUCUGCAAGAGGUGGGAGAACAUUGAUAAGAAUGUGGCAAUGCCCGACGACGACCUCUCCGAGUCUCCUCCCUACAUGGAGCUUAGUGACGACGACGAUGGUGACGACUCCAAUUACUGCCCACCACGAGAGAGCGGAUUGUCUCAGUGUGGACGGAGUCUCUCAAACCCUUUCCCCGACGGGAGGGCCGAGCUGGAUAGGUCUCGUUCCAGCGACACUGGUGGCGUGGAACCGAGACACAAGAGUCCAAGCGAUGGGAAUGUAGUGCUGAGUGCUGCGGCUGGGUUACUGGAGGAGAGGUCACGGGGUCGUGCCAGGGAUAACGGGAGGGAGGAAGAGGAGACUGAUGAUAGAGAGGCCUUAGUGAAUGGUGAUGAAGCAGAGUCCAACCGCCAGCCAAAGUGUGAGUGUGACUUCAGACGUCGCAGUUGGGAAGAUCUUGUUGACGAGGACGGCAGAGCCUUGCUCUCCAUCCUAGAAUUUCCAUCACGGGUGUUUGCAGCGAGACAGCCACUGGAGCUGGAGACUGGGUAUGCCAAGGACAAGAGAAUAAUUCUCAGAGACGUCCUCAGGACUGACAGGAACUUCCACUACUUCAGUCACAAGAGGAACUUGAGGAAAGUCCACAGAAUUCUCCUCAUCUACGCCAUGUUCCAUCCUGAGAUGGGCUAUGCCCAGGGAAUGAACGACCUUCUGGCGAGGUUCCUGGUCGUGACAGACUCGGAGGUCGAUGCCUUCUGGAUGUUUGAGCGCUACAUGAAGGACAAGAGGAUUGACUUCAUGGAGGUCUCCAUGAUGAGGAAAGUUGCUCUGGUGAGGAAGCUCAUCUCCGAGAUAGACAGAGACCUCUACCAGUUCUUUGAGUCCUCAGAGUGUCACGACUACCUCUUCUGCCACCGCUGGCUCCUCCUCGAUUUCAAGAGAGAGUUCACCUUCCAAGACAGCCUCAGAAUCUUUGAAGUAUUAGGGACCCACUAUCUGGAGCUGUACUCGGACAAGGCACAGGUGGAGACAGACAAGGCCAUUGCUAAAGAGUUUCUCAAUGAGGGUGGUGAGAUGAGACCAGGCAGAGGAAUGAUGAACUUUGAGUUCACCUUUGACCUCUUUGUGUGUGUGGCCAUCCUCACUCUCCACAGAGACAAGAUCUGUCAGUCAACUGAUGCUGCCAGUGUGUACGGCUGUCUCAACAGUCUCUCAAUGAACAUGGACCUGUCAUCAGUGCUAAAGCAGGCAGUCCACCUCUGUCUUCAGUACUGCAGACAGACGGUGACCAAGGGAUUUGCAGAAAUCAACAUCUGACUAGUCCUCACUCAAGGACAUUAUUGUGUUUCUAUACACCUCUCAUACAAAUAUUAUAAUUAUGCAUUGCAAGCAGUGGGCCGUAAUAACAGCUACGUAGCUGUAUUAUUGUAUAGAGAGUUUUUCUGGAGA